AUGUUGCCAGUUACAUUUUUGACUCCUCCAAUUGAAUCUCUUUCACCCUCCCAAGAGGCUGCGCUCCGUAGUAAUAUUGUUCAUAUUUGUGGCCUGUUGUCGUCCCACUGCAAAUUCCGUGAUACACCCAGUGAAUGCCAUAAUCUUGGAAGAUUGUACCUUAAAGAGCUCCAACAUGAUGGAUCAUGGACCGACUUUCCCGUGGCUAUCGAAGUUUUAAAUGAGUUUUUGCUUUCAUGGCCUGAUGGAGAACAGAUCCUUGACCAAGUCUUAUUUGAUUCACAGGGUGUACAUUUUGGCUGCAUUCUUGCUUAUCUAAGCAGUACAUGA